UUACGACAGUCGUGCUUUACGGCACCUUUUACGACAGUCCUGCUUUACGGCAUCUUUUACGACAGUGCUGCUUUACGGCACAUUUUACGACAGUCGUGCUUUACGGCACCUUUUACGACAGUGCUGCUUUACGGCACCUUUUACGACAGUCGUGCUUUACGGCACCUUUUACGACAGUGCUGCUUUACGACACCUUUUACGACAGUGUUGCUUUACGGCACCUUUUACGACAGUGCUGCUUUACGGCACCUUUUACGACAGUGCUGCUUUACGGCGCCUUUUACGACAGUGCUGCUUUACGGCGACUUUUACGACAGUACUGCUUUACGACACCUUUUACGACAGUGUUGCUUUACAGCACCUUUUACGACACUCACGCUUUAUGGCCGUAUUUAUGACAGUGGUGCUUUACAGCAGUUUUACGACACCCGCGCUUUCCAGUAGUUUUACAACAGUUGAAAUAGCCCAGAGGCUAUUUCAACUGAAAUAGCCCUGAGCAGAGGGCAGUGAGGAGGAAGGGAGAAGGCUGUGCUGCAGGGCACGUGAAUGCAGGCAGAGCCAAUUUGGGGAGCAGCCUUGUCUACCAGCAUUUCAUUUUCUAGUUCUACUACCUUGCAUUUCAUUUUGCACUUCUGCUGGAACUGCAUGUCAGUAGGUUUUAAAUAUCCUUCUCAGUCCCGGCAUCCUGCUUGAAUGUGCUGUGUCUUUAUCAGACCAUUGAUGGUCCUUCUGAAAUGUGAGUCUCACUGGCUCCAUCCAAACCUUGUGCUUGAAGAGCCUUCCCAGUUAAAGCAGAUUGGGCUUUUGGGGAAGAAGGGGCUGCAAAGCAUUUCCUAAAGCAUUUUCUGCUCCAAUUUCAUUGUGAGGAAAUACACCUGAAGGAUGAUGCAGGGAUUAGGUUUGAGACAAAGAUGAGUUUGGUGGGUCAAUUUUACUUUGAGAACUUGAGAAGCACAGGAAGCCCAAGUGAUGAUCCCAGAGGGCUGAACACAGAGGUUUCACCCUCCCAGAUAUACAAGGGCCUUAACCUUAAAACCACUGCUCUCAGCACGGAGCUGUCUCAAUGCUGCAUUAAUGCUCCUCUUUGUGCAUGUGUAGAAUUGAAAUUCCUCCUGGGGAGGAAGCUUAUUCCAAGUAAAUUCCUAAAGAAUCAGCUGAAAAAAACCACUAAAAUGUUCUUUCACUUGGUUUGCUACUCCCUGCCAAAUGCAUGUGCAUGCCAGGUCUUGAGCCUGGUACUGGAGCUGAGCCUUGAAGGAGGAAUUGAAACAAUGGAUACAAAUGCAAGUAAUAAUACAAUAUACAUAUACAAACAAGUAGAAGUCCAGUUUACAUAGAGGGAAUGCAUCAACACGCAGCAGCAAAUGCAAAUUCAGAACAAUACAGGAUACUACAAGCCAAAUACAUGUGAACACAAUAUAACCAUUUUUCUAUUUCUGAAAAGUUGAUUACACCUUGCUUUAUUGCUACAGGAGACUACAAUAUAAGCCAAAACAGGUACACACAGUAUAAGCACACUGCAAGCCAACAUAAUUACAUGCAAUAUAAGUACAUACAAUAUAAGCCAACAUAGGUACAUACAAUAUAAGCCAAUAUUUAAGGAAAUAACAUAAAAAAUAAGGGUACCCAUUGCAAGCAUAUGUAUAAGCUGUCUUUAUUUAAAGAUCCGCUUUAAUGGACAUUUUGUGGAACCACUCUGAGGGCAGGGUCCAAAAAGCUUUGUUAACCCCUUGUCCUCCACUGGUUGGGCAGCAUCUGACUCCAAUGCUCAAGGGCUGCAUGGAGAUUCCUCCCUGGAGUGGGCUCACCCUUGAGGAUGAGCCACAAAGAUUUGAUUGUUGGACCUGUUGAGUAACUCUUUCUACUUAGCAAUUGUUUUUGCUGGCUUUAAUGCCAUGGCUGCAGUGUUCCUUCAGAUGUCAUGCCCUGCUCCAGCAGUUACAGCUCCUGUGCUGGGCAGGGAAUGCUUCUGGGGAAGGGCUUUCAGUCUCAUUAGUUCCCAUUUAAAUCAAUCAAGCUAUAUCUAAGUACUGGUGGCCAAAGGUUUUACCACUUGCCUCUGAUUCAUCCGGCAUUGGCCGGAGGUUUGUGGGAGCUGGUGGACUGUUCUACUCCUCAUUAUUUCCCAAACAGAAUUUGGCUAACUAGAAGAGGCACAGAUGAUGCCUGCAAUUUUGUGACAUGAAGAAACAGCCUGUCACUGGAGAGUCCCAGACCUUUGCUUCCUCAGCCUCUGCAGGUCUGGCACAUGGAAAACCCAGAGGCACGGAAUUAUCCCACUCAAGCAGCCAAAUGUUAACAACCUCUCCAAAGCCUAAUUUCCCUUUGAUAUAGACUUAAUUGUUUGCGUCACCUACUGGGCUGGGGGAGGGCUAUAAAAUGGCUUGCAACAAUUGAUUGAGGCAGAAGAGAGUCCAGGAAGAGCUCCCUCUACCAGUGUUCCUAUCUCAGCACUAGUGACAAGCUGAGCAUCAUGCAGCUGGUGGCCAGCUUGGUGUCCGUGUUGCUGCUGGUGUGGAGUGUGAGAGCCACGACGCUGCCCGGGGAAGAGAGACUGCAGAGCAUCAGGGAACGGAGUACCGUCCACAAGGACGUCAUUCUGAAGAUGCUGGCGGGGCUGCUGGACGGCGUGGAUGCGGGGAGCGAGGCAGCCUUGCCGGAUGGGGAGGAGGAGGAGGGCAAGCUGCAGGGGGAGCGGGCAGCGCUGGGGCGGCUGGCCCAGCUCCCGCAGCGAGACCGCAAGGCGCCCUGCAAGAAUUUCUUCUGGAAAACCUUCACCUCCUGCUAGUGCUGCCCGGCCUGGCCUUGCCAGCCUGCAAACGCCUUCCCACAACUCAUCUUCCUUGUCCACCCAGCUCAUUCUCUGUGCCCUGCACGCCUCAGAAU